AAUAUUUGAAGUGGAUAUUCUGGAUUAUGUAGAUAUACUGACUGAUUGUUGGAUAUUGAAAUAGAAUUUUUAGACAUUUUAAUAAUUUGUUGUUUAUUUAAUUUGCCGCCCACGGGCCUCCAAUCGCCCAUCUUACAAAUGGUACUGCGGGUGGGGUAGGCAGAGAUAGCAGCAAGUGGGGUAGGCAGAAAUAGCAGCAACAAGUGGGGUAGGCAAAAAUAGCAGUGACAGUGGAUUAGGCAAUUUGACUGGUGCUUACUAGAAUUUAAAAAUAUACUAUUUGCAAUUAAGGCAGUGGCAGUGAAAAAAAAACAACAUUUGGACAAUACAAGAUGAAUGGAGUCACCUAUAACCAUGUUGGUAAAUAUUAUUCGUAUGCUUGUGAAUGGAGUCACCUAUAACCAUGUUGGUAAAUAUUAUUCGUAUGCUUGUUGCUGGUUUUGUAAAUCUCCACAGCACCAAAAAAGAGACUGUUUAUUUUAUAAAGCUCAGAAACAUUUCUGUUCAAUUUGCAAUGUAGCAGGACACAGAAAUCGAGAUGAUAAAUUUCAUAUACAUGUGAUCAAAGAUACAAGUACUAAUUCAACUGGGACGCAAACAAAAAUAAAAACUCACAACAAACAUUCCCAGUCAAUGACUGUAAAUAUGGAAUUAUAUACUACGGCAGUUGCAGAUUUUAAACGAAUCCAAAGUGAAUUUUUUGGACAAAAAAACGCCAACAAUAUCUACAGAGAACGUAUAGAAUCUAUGAAAAUUGAAGCAGUACAAAUGGAAUCCAAAUUAAAAUCGCAGAGGAAAACUAUCGACCGAUUGAAGGAUGAUAUAGAAUCAUAUGCAGAUCAGGAGUCCCAGAGAUCUAAUCAACUAAAAACUGAACUUCGUGAAUCUCAAAAUUUGGUGAGUGCUUUGACCUCAAAAUCCAAUGGAUAUGACAGUUUGAUAAUUGAUAUUCAAGAAAAACUCAAAAAUCAAUCAGAAGAUCUUGCUAUUUAUAAGAGUGUUGUGACUAAACAACAGGAGAAACUGAGUCAGCUACUUUCACCUUUAACUUCAACCAAACAGUCCAAUAUGUCGAAAUCGCUUGGAGAACACAUCUUUAACAAGACGUAUUUUUAUAAGCCAGUGCCACAACCAGCUUUAACAUUUGAUGUAUAACUGUACUGAUUAUCUGUUCUCAACAUAUUGAUGAUGAUCUGAUGAUGAUCUGAUGAUGAUAUUGAAUGCUGAUGCUGUAUGAUAUUUUAAUGAUGCUGAUUUGAUACUUAUGCUGAAAAGCCAGGAUUUUAAAUGAAUGUUUUGACUGUUUAAUAAUGUCUUUAAACUUUCAGAUGAUAAUCAUGUGUUUCAAUAAUGACGUCAUUAGUUUUACAUUCUAACAUGUUCUUUCUCUCAAAAUUCAAUUGUUGCAAGUGAUAAAGUUUGUAUCUUUGCUGUAUUCCUUGUUUCAAAGGUGAACAAGUGUCUUAAUAUUUGCAUUAUGCGGAUUUUCCUAUGGUGUAUUACUUGGCCUAUUAUGGUGUAUUACUUAGACUAUUAUGGUGUAUUACUUAGCCUAUCAUUGUGUA